UUCAUUUUUUUUUCCUGCUGUUUUCAUUUCUCUCUCUCUCUCGCUCGCUCGCUCCAAAGAGUUGGUUCUUUUCCAAUCGAGAAAGAAUGGAAAAUUUGAAGGACGCCGGGAUCCGUAUCUCUCGAUCGCAGCGACUAAUGCAAUUCGCCGCGUCUUCUUCAUAGUCUCUUCGCGCCUAAUCUCCCCCCGUCCUCUGCUAUCCACGGAUUUCUCUUCUUCAUCAUUCCCUUCUUUUCACACUGCUUUUAUAAUGGAAUUCAUGGAGAAUUAGAGGCAUUGCAUUAGGAGGACGACUUUUAGCUACUGGUGUGGUUUUUGGAUUUGGAAAUAUUUUAACAAUGUCCUCGAAAGGUGAACAUCAAACAGUGCCGCUGUCGGUUUUACUAAAACGAGAAUCGGAAAGCGAAAAGAUCGAAAAUCCGGAGAUUUUACACGGACAAGCGAGCCAGAGCAAGAAAGGUGAAGACUUUACGUUGCUUAAAACUGAAUGCCAAAGAGCAAUGGGAGAUGGCGUCGCCACAUUCUCAGUUUUCGGGCUCUUUGAUGGACACAACGGGUCUGCUGCUGCUAUUUACACUAAAGAGAAUCUCCUUAAUAAUAUCCUAAGUGCUAUUCCUGCGGAUCUUAAUAGAGAUGAAUGGGUUGCUGCGCUGCCGAGGGCUCUGGUUGCAGGCUUUGUCAAAACAGAUAAAGAUUUUCAAGCGAAAGCAAAAACAUCGGGAACUACUGUGACCUUUGUGAUAAUAGAUGGAUGGGUUGUAACAGUUGCAUCUGUUGGUGAUUCUCGUUGUAUAUUUGAAUCGGGUGAAGGUGGAAUAUAUUACUUGUCAGCUGAUCAUAGGCUUGAAUGCAAUGAAGAGGAGAGGGAGCGGAUCACUUCAAGUGGUGGUGAGGUUGGUCGGUUAAAUACUGGUGGUGGUACACAGAUUGGUCCUUUGAGAUGUUGGCCCGGAGGCUUGUGUCUGUCACGUUCUAUUGGUGAUAUGGAUGUUGGGGAGUACAUUGUUCCUGUUCCAUAUGUAAAACAAGUAAAGUUGUCUACAGCUGGUGGUCGGUUAAUCAUCUCUAGUGAUGGUGUUUGGGAUGUGUUAUCAGCUGAAGUAGCUCUAGAUUGCUGUCGAGGGAUGUCACCAGAUGCUGCAGCUGCACAGAUUGUGAAAGAAGCUGUACAUACAAAGGGUCUUCGAGAUGAUACAACCUGCAUUGUUGUUGAUAUCUUACCACUAGAGAAGCCAUCUGCUCCUUUGCCACCACCAAAGAAGGCUGUAAAAGGUAAGUUGAAGGCCAUGUUUCGCAAGAAGCAUUCUGAGGCAUCUUCUCAGUCUGAUAAAGAAUACAUGGAGCCAGAUGUGGUGGAAGAACUAUUUGAGGAGGGAUCUGCUAUGCUUUCAGAAAGGUUUGCUACAAAAUAUCCACUGUGCAACAUGUUUAAGCUGUUCACAUGUGCAGUCUGUCAAUUAGAGAUGAAACCUGGAGAGGGUAUUUCAAUUCAUGCUGGGACAUCUAAUUCAGUAAAGUUGCGUCCAUGGGAUGGUCCUUUCCUUUGCUCUACUUGCCAGGAGAAGAAAGAAGCCAUGGAAGGGAAAAGACCAUCAGGAAGUAAUAACAAAGCUCUCCUAUAUCUUCUCCCCCCUUUGCAAAUUUAUGGUACUAAAAGAUCCUUGAAUAUCCUUUUCUUGUUUUCUCUGUUUUCAGGUAGACAUGGUAGUGACAGCGAUUAGCUAGACCCCCCAAAUUACUGCAGCAUUUUAUGGGCGCUAACAAUUGUUUCAGAGGUGGUCGUAAAUGGGAAAGAUAUCACAAUCAUAUACUAUAGUAAUUUCCUUCAAUUUCUUAUUGGGGGGUCAUGGAGCAUUCUGGUCCACUUUCAACUGAGGGUUCAUUUCCAUCUAUACUCAAGCCAGAAGAACAAAGUUCAGAUAUGUGUUUAGAUUUUUGUUUUCUGGGUUCCAAGUAAGAAGACUUGUGUUUAAGUCGAGUGAAAAUGGAAAAAGAAAAAAAAUUAAAAAAAGAGAGAAGAUAUGCUUCAUAGGUAAUUCCAUUUUUCCAUCGAUGUCCAUCCCAUUGUAUACCAGUCGCUCCAGUUCAUAAAACUAACAUUAAAUGAUAGUGGGAUUGAAGUGUAAUGCUUAUAAUAUAUAGGGAAUUUGUCAGAAGUUAGGAAAAGCUUUGCAUGAUUAGUUUGCUGAAUGAAAUUUGUUCAUGUUGUUAUUUGUUCCUUCCUUCGACAAGUGGGAAGUUAAAUCUUUGGAAUGGAAAUUUUUAUUAAUUCUAUUAUUUCUUAAGAAAUGUAAUGCAAUGCAUUCUAUUA